AUGUCGCAACCCAAGCUAUCCGCAUGGCUCGUACUCCCAUGCAUGAUCCUCUCCCUCCUCAUCACCCGCUUCCUUACAGCGCUCUUCACAUCACACAACGAGCGCGGCCUGAGCAUAGUCGCCAAAGCAGCACUCAUCUUCGUCGCAACACUCGUCCUCACCACAACAGCAGCGACGUCACUGUUCCAAUCUCUAGAGACCACGCAGCCACAUACCAGAAACGUUCUGCGGAAGAGACGCAACGUCUCGCCCUUGCGCGAAGAGCGCAUUCAGGCGUGGCGCGUCAACACUGCGCCGACUCUCCACUGGAGCUCUUCCUCGUCUGAUGAGGAUGUGAAGGCAGUGAAGCAGAAGCUUGUUAAAGAGAAGAAGGAGAGGCGAGAUGAGAAGUCGUUGAGGAAGCGGUUGAUGCGGAAGUUCAAACCAAGGCGGAGUGAAAUGCUUGGGGGUAGGAAAGAGACUAUUGAGGUUGUUGUGAGGGAAGAUCCUUGGGCCUAG